AUGCAUUUUACGUCGGGUGCAACAGAAAGCGUUGCGUGCGGCACGAGUUCAUCAUCAUCGAGUUCUUCUUCUUCAUCGUCGUCAUCUUCGUCCUCGUCUUCAUCGUCAUCGGACUCGGACACUGCAGACGCCGCUGGCGGCUCUGCACAUGCUUCUGCCGAUGACUCCAAUGUCGCUCUUGCUGCUGCAUGUCAAUUACAGGUCAUCGACGAUGCAGACCUUGCGGAACUAUUUCCAGAACAAACACCGAGCGCGCCGGCGCAACAACCCAAUUUCUCGACCUUUACAGUGCAAAACGCGGCUCCGGAUAGCGACGACAAAUCUAUUGCUGAUAAUGGUGACGGAUCCAGUAGUGAAAUGGAGCUGACGCCUCAGCUGGUGACAGCUGCAAUACAAAGAGCUACAGCUGAUUCAUCUGGUUCUGAAAAUGAGUGCUCGAAUACAGAUCCUGUUCACCCUAACACUACGCACUACGCAUCGAGUUUGCUACAAGAGUUUGUGGCGCGGACUCAAUUACUUAGUAGUACGGCACCACUAACUACAGCGCCAACAUCGUUAUCAUGCGGAAUAAAUACCAAUCCCAUUGAAGGAGUUGCGACAAUAAGCGACUGCGUACUCGGACAAAUUAACAACUUGUCGGAAAUAGCUCCUAUAUCUUCGAAUUUUUUAACAACAUCUCAACAUUUGAGUCCACAGCAAACUGAAGAACUUUCGCAAAUCAAUGAAGAUCUUGAAGAAAUAACUGGUGUGACCGACUCUGUAUCAAUGCCUAAUCCACCUAGUCUUGAUGAUUGUGUUGAUAAUAAUGAUUUCAUGAAUUUGGAUAUAACACAAGGAAAUUCGGAGUUAGGAAAUGCUAAUGAUCUCUUGAAAAGUUCUCCCUUAACAGUAGUUAGUUCAGAUAUUAAUGAUUUGAAUCAAGUAGACUCUCAAAAGUUGGAUACAAUUAGUACAAACUCUAUUGAAUCUCAUGAAGAUGUUAAAAACGUUAUCGUUGAAUCUAGAAGAAAAAGAGGGCGACCUCGAAAAGUACGUAAAACUGAGGAAGACAUUGAAUCUCAAAAAGAGGAUAAACCGGUAGUCAACGUAAUUAAUUUUCACAAUAACAACGAUCCUCCGAAUGUAUCUCCAGAUUCUGGCAUUCUCUCCAAUCAUAAUUCACCCACUCACUCGCCAUUACGGCGACAUGAAACAGAAGAAACAAAUAACAGACUCAGUAGAAAAUCCAUUCAAAAAGAAAACACUACUAGAGAAAGAAGAGCGAUGAGAUCGAAGUCCAAAAGUAAAUCACGCGCGAAUAAUAGAUCUGAUUCGAGUGAUUGUGAUUUUCAAAAAAAAAGAAUAGAAAGAGAAAUAAAACAAAUUAAAACGGAAGCGCCAUCGCCAGUACCACUAAAACAGGAACAGAAUAAGUUUGAAAAGAAUAAGAAAUCUGAUCACAAAUUAGAUAUAGCCGCGUUAGAUAGAAUGUUAUAUGCCACUGACAGAGUGUUAUACCCACCAAGGAAAAAAGUAGGCCGUAAACCACUGAGUAGAACCAAAACAACUAAGAGCACUCCCAAGACUUUAAAGGAUAAAAAUCAGUAUGAUUCUGGUGAUAGCGAUGACUCGGUACCUACCAACAGUGAAAAUGAAGCAGCUGCAGAUGAUCCAUUAGAUCCAACUUGGAAACAAAUUGACUUAAAUCCUAAAUAUAAAGAUAUUUUAUCGGGAUAUAAAAGUGACCACGAGUUCAAACCAUAUAAAAGCUGUAGUCGCCUCAUUGAAUCUGGAUACAAAAGUGAUUACGGGUGUCGGUCUGGUUACAAAAGUGAUUAUUAUCGAUCGGGCUACAAAACAGACCAUAAAUCGGGAUAUAAAAGUGACAAAUCGGGGUAUAAAACUGAUAAUAGUGUCAGAAGUAUGCGACGGCGCAUGAGAAAACUAAAGAAGACAAGAUCAGUAAGAGAUAGAUCGUACUAUAAAAAUCAAAAACAUUUUGUAUCAGAACAAGAAAUAAUAUCAUUAGCUAAUAAAACAUUUAGCAACUUGACUUUAGGUCACAGUUCAAGUGACUCUGAAAGCGAAAGCUAUUUACGGCAGACCAAUGCUACUCCGAAGUACACAAGUGUUUGCAUAAAAUAUCCACUGUCUUCAAAGUAUGAGUUCGGCUUUUCAAAGGUUCCUCAAAAGCAUGUGUUUAGACUAAAUACUUCUGACCCGUUUGCUCCUGGUCCAGUGUUUAGUGGUUUGCAACGUCCAGUAACAACACACAACAUUUUCAAAGUGAUAAACAACAAUAACAAUAAUACAUUGCUCAAGUCACCAAGUAAAGCUUCUAGUUACAUUGGGACCCCAUUACCAGCGUUAAAACCUGCAUUUACUCAUAAAUUUGGCAUUUCACCUAUUUGUACAGCAUCUAAACUUCAAGGUUCAAAGAAGGAAAAUGAUAACAGCUUCAAAUAUUUUUCUCGGAGUUUAUCGCCAAAAAAUAAAAAACAAUUAAAAAAUGUUAAUACGCAAUUUCUAAACGGAGCUAAAAAGGAAAAAGAAAUAGCACCUAAAUCUCUACCAGGUAUUUUUGAAAAAGCAAAAAAUACUUAUGUACCCAAUAAGUCUCUUUCAAGAAAUGUAUUUCUCAAUCUCAUAAAACCGCAUGUAAAAGCAUCGUUUCAUACUAAAAAACAUAGAAGGACAGUCGUUUUGGCACCACCGAAAAUAAACUUAAAACCUACUGAAAGAAUGUCUCGUCUGCCCGUCAAGACUGAGACCAAACAUCACAGACACAAAAGUAAGCGUAGACAUCGUUCUAGAUCCGUGUCUAAAUGUCGAGACGCUUAUACGAAAACUAUAGAAUCGGUUGAUCAAAAGUUCACUCAGGAUAUGGACAGCCUUGUUUCUAAUUUUAUUAAGUUAUGUCAAAUAGCACCAAAUUUAAUAGCAAGUGUUGCAGAAAACUUACCAAAAGCAGAAAAAACUUCAACAGAAAUAACGUCUACAAAGGUAGUAAAAAGAGGAUCAAAGAAACGUAAAACACUAGAUAAUCAAGAAGCAGCUACACCUACUUCUAAAAGAAGGCAUAAAAAACAACUAGCAGAAUCUCAAAGUAAAGGUGGUAAAGAUACCAACGAACAUAAAUUACCACUUAAAAAGAGACAUUAUCAUAUAAACUCAUCUACGGGUAAUUCGUUAAGCUUAAGCCUUGUGUCAACUGAGUUUGAUGAAAGUUCCAAAAAUAGCACCAGUCCGGAGAAGUUUUUAUGUACAGAGACGGAUUGCACAGGGGAAGUCCAAGGUAAUGCACCUGAUGAGUCACCCAAAUCGAAAUCUAUAAAUGAAAAAGCUAAGAAGAGUACUGAUGUUUCGAAAAAUGUAACUCAAACAAAUUUUUUGAAUACCGAAUCUUCAACAAAGACAUCAAAGCUUACUAUUAAUACUGACGCUAUUGAACUAGCGAAUAAAAUGGAUGAAUCUAAUACUGUUCUCAAUAAAAACCUUACCGCAAUACCUAUGCACGCCGAUGAUGAAUUAUCUAUCAAAAGACCUACUUCUGAGCAAUCCGAACUUUCAAAAAAAAUCUAUGAAACAUCAGAAAAACUAAAAGCUGUACACAAAAUGGUUAAUGACUUAGAAAAAUCUUUGCCGAAGUCGAAAGACGAUGUCAGAUCAGAAUCAAAUAAACAAGAUACUAUUAAAAUAUCAUCACCAAGAACUGAAGCCAAAUCAUCGCCUGUUCGGCAUUCAGCCCCUAUAGUCACUCCUAAAAAACGGCAUAGGUUAGAAGCUGACAAAGUCAUAUCUCAUUCAAGUUUAGACCAUGUUGUACAGUCUUUAUCUAAAAAGUUAUCAGAAGACAAAGCUGCAGCGAUAAAUCCAAAAGAAUCUAAAGAUGUCGAUCAAAAUGGUAACAAGGAGGAUACUUCAGAGUCAGAUAAACCUGAUUCGUUGACCUCAUCUAACGCUUCUACAAAUAAUACUUCUAUAGAUCCUUUAAAGAGUAUGUCAGCUCGAUCAUUGUAUAAAAGCUCCAUUCCACCGGCACAAAAAUCAGAAAUAAUGACUCGUAAAAAAAAUAGACUUGAAGGUUUGACGAGUAAUUUAGUAUCAAAAAUUAAUCCAAGUGCUGCUACAAAGGUUUUAGAUACUCUUUUAAAUAAUAAUAUUCGUAAAUCUAUAGAAUCUCGUAUCUUGGAAAAGGAAAAAAAUAGCGUAGAAACACCUGGUAAGGUUAUCGAUGAUAAAAAUAAAAGUAAAGAACAAACGCAAAUUAAUACCAGAGCUACAGUUAUUAAGUCACCUGUAUCAAAAGGUAAAGUUUUAGACACUAAGAAAACUAAAGGAUCAGAAUCUCCCCUUGGGCAGUCAGUUGUUGUAAACAUUGAUAAACCUACGGGUAUAUUUGAACCAUCUAUUGAUAUAGAGGAGCAAAUUCCUAAAUCAUCUAUAUGUGUUACGAAUGUAUUAACUGAUUCAAAUAAAGGGAAAUCAAAAAUUAAAAAUGAUUCUAAGAUCGUAACAAACGUAUUACUCGCUAGUAUUGAUACGGAGUCAGAAAUACCUUUAGCUUUAAUAUCAGAAACACCUGAUCCUAUCAUUCGACCGAAGAGAGGUGAAUCUAUAGCUGCGGUAAUAUCUGAUAAGCUCUCAGAAACAACAGGUGGUCAUAAUUUACGACAACCCAAAAGAAAUAUGAGUAACGACGAGGAUACAAAUGAGAAUAAGAGGAAGAAAAAAUCUAACAUUUUAAGAGAAAGUAAAUUAGUUUUACCAGCACGAGUACUAGUGACUAAAGUGCAGGCGGAACGGUUACAAAUAAAUGAUGCUUCAAAGAAGAUAAACUUGCAGCAUAAAAAAACAGAGGUACAUGAGUCUGCUGAAAUUAAAACGGUUGAUAUGAAAAAGAAAACCAGGAGACGUAAAGCAAUUAAUAGAACUGGUUUUCCUAGUGUUAAAAAGAAGAAGAAAAAAGUUGAUAACAUUCAAAAUCUAACAUCGGAUAGUCACUUUACUUCCGAUACUGAUAAUAACUCUGCCUUCGAAAGAGUGCCAAAGGAUGGAGAAGCAAUGAGUAGCUUUUUGGAACGCACUACUAAUAAGAAAGUUGAACUGAAAGUUGUCUUAAAUAAAGAUGAGUGUUCAAAGCAAGGUCGAUUAACAGUUGUAUCACUUGAAAAAUUGCAAGGUAAAGAUAUACCCAAUGAAAAUAAAAAUAAAACACACAAUAGUUUUGAAAAUGCGAGUAAUGAGAAAAAAAUACCAAAUUCAUCUAUUUUGCGAGCUCCAGCUUUACAGUUAAAGAGCAAAACUGAAAAAGAGAUCAAGAAUCACAUUAAUAAGUGGGAAGUAUUGAGUGAGACUGAUAGUAUUCCAUCAUUGACUAGCUCUCUUAGUAAUGAUCCAGAAGAUAGCAUACCUUUGAGCCUAUUAAAUUUGAAAUCUGACAGACCCGUAAGCCGUUUGAAUAAUCUUGAAAGGUUAAAACGGAAAACUAGAGCUUUAUCGCCUUCCCAGGAAAUCGAGGAAAUAUUUACGAAACGAAAAACAAUGGAAAAAAAUUCCAAAGGUUGUUUACGCCCGAAAUCAAGCCUUGCAGUGUUAUGUCCUAGUGAUAGGAGACUCACUAGAAGUUCUGAUAACCCAACUGAAGAAACUAAAAAUAAAAGAAAGAAAAUUGAAAAUCAAAACAUUGUUUCCGAUUCCGAAAAACUCAAUAUACCUGGCAGUGUAGGUGCCAGAAGAAAAUCUCGUGUCCAAUCCACUAAAAAGAGAGAAGCACAGUCAACUUCUCGAGAAAGCUCCUUAGAUACGGUGGUUAGCCGUAAAUUGACAUCUAAAUCUAGGGAACCGUCACUUGACACUCUUCGUGACAACGACGAAAAUGAUCCACUUCCACUGAACGAGAAGGAAAUAGAUUUUGAGAAAAGUAUUGACGUAUUGUCGAAAAACAUAAUAUGUAAGAAACGAGUAGCUUCAUCUCGUGAUGACAGCCCAGCUAGUAGUGUGGACAAUAGAGAUAAACCAGUUAUAUCGAAGAGAAAUCCGCGACUUCGUAAAAAGUUUCUAGCAGCUGGAUUGUUUUCUGAUUAUUAUAAAGAAGAUCCUAAACCGGAAGGAAAAGGAAAAAAUCUUGUUACUCAAACUGAAUUCCCACCUGGUCUCUUAGCACCACCACCGUACUGUGAACGGUGGGUUCGUCGAAGGCAACUGCACUUUACGCUUCCCUAUGACAUUUGGUGGCAACAACAUUACAAUCAGCCUGUUCCAUCAUGGAAUUACAAAAAGAUACGCACAAAUGUUUACUACGAUGUGAAGCCAUCCGCAGAAGAAUGUGAAAGUGUUGCGUGCAAUUGCGUUCCCUCAUCUGGAUGUAACGAGGACUGCAUUAAUAGACUUGUAUAUGCAGAAUGUUCACCACAAUUAUGUCCCUGCGGAGACAGAUGUAAGAAUCAACGUAUUCAACGUCAUGAAUGGGCUUCAGGUUUAGAGAAAUUUAUGACUGAGAAUAAAGGAUGGGGCGUACGCACUAAACAUAAGAUCGUGUCGGGAGACUUCAUAUUAGAAUAUGUCGGCGAAGUCGUAUCUGAUAAGGAGUUCAAGGAGCGUAUGGCGACACGUUAUGCUCGUGACACACAUCAUUACUGCUUACAUCUGGACGGUGGGCUCGUGAUUGAUGGUCACCGUAUGGGGGGUGAUGGGCGGUUUGUCAACCAUUCCUGUCGACCCAAUUGUGAAAUGCAGAAGUGGACUUCGAAUGGUACUUUCAGAAUGGCACUUUUUGCACUUCGCGAUAUUGAACCUGAUGAAGAACUUACCUAUGAUUACAACUUUUCACUUUUCAACCCUGCUGUUGGUCAGCCGUGCAAAUGUGACUCUGAAGACUGUCGUGGGGUAAUCGGUGGCAAGUCCCAAAGAAUAACUAAGCAGCCGUUGAAGACGCAAUCCCGAACACCAUCGAAUGCUUCCAAUCAGUCGCAGGGCUCAAAUGGAAACCAACCGCGUGUCGGCCGGCCGCGAAAGUCUGCAAAGUGUAAUAAAAAAUCAGAACAACAGGGGCUUUCUUCGUGCGAUAUUAAGAAUAUGACGAUAUUGAAGUACCAACAACACCUUAACAAAUUAUGGCAGGAACCACAAAUGAAACCGCUAGGUGCUAAAGAAAAGAUUCUCGUCAGGGACAGGCACUGCUUCCUAUUGAGAAACUUGGAGAAUGUGCGGCGUAUACGCGAUCGUCUGUCUUUGGCAUUGCCAACAUCACCGCCCCACUCGUCGACACCUCCAACACCUGGGCCAGCAGCUGUGGUAAAUAGCUCUGCAACAGCUUCAACUGUUGUUGCUAAUAAAAGCAGCGUAUGCACCGUAGACCCAUUGGCACCAUCGCGAAAUAUGGAUGAAGUGGGCGCGUUGGCAAGGCUACGUGCGCUACGAGAUGCUACACCACGCGCAUCUCGCCCAAAAGACGAUCCUACAGCGCCACGUGCUCAGCGACUCGCAACCAUACUAAAAGCUAUUUGCCGUACGCUGCUUGAUUGCAAAGACGACAAAGAUCGUCAAUUAUGUGCACCACUUAUGCGCACUAAGGGUGAGCGUGGUAAACCUCAAGAAGGCGAUGCUUUAGAUCUUGCUACGUUGGAAGCUAAUGUGGAAGCGGGACACUACACUACGCUUUUACAAUUCGAUUCUGACGUUGCAACUAUCCUCGCGAGCUUCAUGCGUGAACAUGGUCGUCUUUCUACCAUAGGAGCUGCCGCUGCUCAACUUAGAAAGGUAUACAAUACUACCAAGGCUGAGUAUGCCGAUCUGCUUACUAGAGUUCUCGGUCCCGAUGAACCUCUGCCUUCUGGAUUUUUGCAGAAAACUAAAACAGACGAGGUAAUAAUGUGCAUCUGCGGCCUACACGUGGAGGAGGGGCUGAUGGUGCAGUGCGGCGGCGCGGGCUGCGGCGUGUGGCAGCACGCGCGCUGCAUGCGCGUGGCCGACACGCGCGCGCCGCACUACUGCCACCACUGCGCGCCCGCCAAGGUCGAUCGAGAAAUUCCAUUGGACGAGUACACGGAGGAGGGCCACCAGUUCUAUUUGUCGCUGAUGCGCGGUGACUUACAAGUUCGACAGGGCGACACUGUGUACGUGUUGCGGGAUAUUCCUAUUUGCGAUAGCCAUCCAGACGUGAGCCAGAAAUCCAAGGACAAAACUGAGUCUCUAAAAACCAAACGCGUUGAUAGAAAGAAGUUGAAGAAUAUUGCUAAAGGGAAAGAUAAGACUGAAGACAAUAUACAGAAUAAGGAUGGCGAGGUGCGUAAGCACACAUAUCAAACAAUUGGCGAAAUACCUGUGUCGGAACUGGACAUAUUCCGUGUGGAACGACUAUGGAAGCAUAAAGACACCCAAGAGAGAUAUGUCUACGGGCAUCAUUACCUGAGACCACACGAGACCUUCCAUGAACCUACAAGGAAAUUUUUCCACAAUGAAGUAAUGCGUGUACCCCUUUACGAGAUAGUACCGAUUGAGCUUGUUAUGUCACAGUGCUGGGUUAUGGACCUCAACACUUAUUGCAAGGGUCGUCCAGUGGGUGCGGCGGAGCCACACGUGUACAUCUGCGAGUUGCGCGUGGACCGCACCGCUCGCCUCUUCACCAAGAUCUCGCGCCCCAAAUACCCCAUUUGCACUAGACCUUACGCCUUCGACCACUUCCCGCAUCGCCUUAAGAUCACACGUACUUACGCUCCUCACGAAGUAUCGCCGGAGUAUUUAAAAGGCAGAGCGGCUCGCAAUGCAGCAGUAGCAAUAGAGAAAAAUGGCAAAGGUGUUUCUAAAGAUACAAAAAAUAAAACUACAGCAAUUUCCGUGGCAGAUGUUACUAAAGGUUGCGGAGCGGGGCGCGCGAGUACGAACUCCGGUGCGGGAUGCGGUGCGCGGUCGGCGGCGGCGCAGAAGGAGCGCGUGAACGGCAUCGCGCGGCGGCUGCUGGCGCGCGGCGGCUCGCGCGCGCCGCUGGACGCGUCCUACCUGCUCGCGCCGCGCCGCGCCCGCCGCUCCGUGUCCUGA